AUGGAUUUUAGUGCAGAUGAGACUUUAUUCUUGUCAAUUGAACAAAACAAAUUUUUGUCGUAUAAUGUGUGCAUUGCUGCUCCACCCAAUAUUGUUUCAGAUGGUUUAUGGGGUGGCCAAAAAAAUGGCAGGACUCCAAUGAAAUCUUCACUCCCAUUGUUUGAGUUGCAGGCUGGCCUGAUUCUAGGUCCUGCCAUUCAGGUAGAGAUAUUGGAAAACUACAGAGAGAAGUUGUUUCCAUUUCCAAGUCAGGGCACACUUGCAACAGUAACAUCAAUUGGUUAUGCACUUUUCAUCUUUACAAGUGGGGUGCAAAUGGAUUUGAGCAUGAUAACCAGGACAGGACACAAGGCAUGGACCAUUGCAAUCACUGGAUUGUCUGUGCCGUUAAUUGUUUGUAUUCCAAUUGCAAACAUAUUCACUAAAAAUAUAAGUAUUCAUGUUGGAGAUGGAGAUCAGUUCUUUGAUUUUUCCUCUGUAGUGCUCGCAGAAACUAUAAUUUCAUUUGCAGUCGUUGCCUCCCUCCUCAAUGAACUUAAAAUCCUUAACUCUGAACUUGGCAGGUUGGCAUUAUCCUCAGUAUUGGUGAGUGACAUUCUGAGCAAAAUCAUCACGUGUGUUACCAGUAUCUUAAAAGAUAGCCAAGAUAACUUUAACAUUGUAGUGCUGUUGGUAUCACUGUUUGCCUUUGGCAUCUUUGUUCCAUUAAUUUUUCGGCCUGCAAUGUUUUGGAUCAUCAAACAUACUGCAGAAGGAAGGCCUGUGAAUGAUGCUUAUGUCUAUCUUAUCAUCAUAAUGGUCUUUGCAUUAGGUUGGGUUGCAGUUCAAAUAGAUCAGGACUUUAUCCUAGGAGCUUUUAUUCUGGGGUUGGCAGUGCCUGAAGGACCACCAUUAGGAUCAGCAUUGGUCAAGAAACUUCACUUCUUUGGUAACUGUUUCUUCUUGCCAAUUUUUGUGACUUGCGGCGUGAUGAAGGCAGAUUAUUCCCUACAGUAUUAUUCAUCAGAACUAGUUUUGCUCACUGCUUACAUCACUUUUUUCACUCACUUUGUCAAAGUAAUGGCAUGCACUAUACCUGCCCUCUUUUGCAAGAUUCCCUUACAAGAUGCAUUGGCUCUUGGCCUCAUUUUGAACGUUAAAGGCGUAGUGGAAGUUGGUGCCUACGGAAUCUUAUACGACGAGGGGACAAUUGGUGGUCCUAUUUAUGGAAUAAUGAUAAUCAGCAUAAUGGUGAUAGCAUGCAUUGUGAAAUGGUCUACGAAACUAUUGUAUGAUCCAUCAAGAAAAUACGCUGGCUACCAGAAAAGGAACAUUACAAGUUUAAAACCAGACUCAGAGCUGAGAAUACUUGCAUGCGUUCAUAGAACAUACAAUAUAUCUGCUAUAAAAGAUGUCCUGGAUCUUUGUUGUCCAACAACAGAGAACCCCAUCAUUGUGGAAGUGUUGCAUUUGAUCGAGCUGGUUGGAAGGACCUCUCCCAUUUUCAUUUCUCAUCGCAUUCAGAGAACUAUCUCAUCGAAUUGCCACAAGUCUUAUUCAGAUGAUAUCACUCUUGCCUUUGACCUCUAUGAACAUGACAACAUUGGUGCAGUAAGUGUAUACAGUUACACAGCCAUAUCUCCACCCACCCUGAUGCAUGACGACGUUUGUCAACUUGCAUUGGACAAAGUGGCAUCCAUUAUAAUUCUUCCAUUCCAUAUAAGAUGGUCUAGUGAUGGUGCCAUUGAAUCUGCUGACAAGAACACGAGGACCUUAAAUUGUAAGGUCCUAGAAAUAGCUCCAUGCUCAGUGGGAAUCCUGGUGAGCCGUUCUCCCGUUCCAAGUGAAUCAUUCAUUAGGCUAGCAAUGGUUUUUUUGGGUGGAAAAGAUGACAGAGAGGCUUUGUGCUUGGCGAAACGAGCAACGAGGAAGUCGAGGGUCAACUUGGUUGUGUACCACCUUGUUCCAACGGAAUACAGACCAGACGUGGAAUAUCUACUAGAUAACAUGGCACUAGAAGAUAUUAAGACAUCACAAUCUAGCUUGGGAAAUAUAAGUUAUCACGAAGUCAUGGUAAAUAAUGGACAUGAGACAUCUCUCAUUCUUCGCCAAAUAGCAAAUCAACAUGACUUUUUCAUUGUCGGGAGAAGAAAUGAACUGGACUCACCUCAGACACACGGACUUACAACUUGGAGUGAAUUUUCAGAAUUGGGUGUCAUUGGCGAUUUGCUUGCUUCAUCAGAUUUUGAGAGCAGAGCGUCUGUUUUGGUUGUGCAGCAACAACUUAGACAACACGA